CUCGCACGCCGGAGCGCUCAGCCCAGAUUUAGAGGAUUUAUUUGGAAUCUCCCUGCCUCCUCAAAGCUCGUCCUCAGUCGCCGGUUUGCGCCCAGACGGUAGAGUCCACCCCGCCGCUCCACUUGGGGUUGCGGACACCCGGAGCCCAGCGCGCCCGGUCUGCGUCUCCGCACCCAGCCCCGCAGCUUCUAGAGGCAUGAACGGAAUCCGGAGGCACCUGCCCAGCGCGCGGGGACCAUUUGGUGCUCGCCGCCCUCGGGAACCAACCCCGAGUCCCUCCAGCCAUUUGUGAACCAAGAGGCUUGAAAUUCGCCAGCGCGGAGGCAGCCCCACAAGAGACAUUUCAAUGAAAAGGAAAGCCGAUGGAUCUUGGCCUCAGACACUCUGCGUAGACCAUGUCUGUGUCGUCCUGUGAGCACGAGGCAGACCUGUAAGUAAACGCUCGGCCCCGCGUGAUGAACUGGAUGGCUGCGGACCGGAGGCCAAACAAGUAAUUGUCUCAUUUCCGUGGUGAUUUGCUUAACCGGCGGGACCAUGCCAGAACGGCUCGUGCAAAUGCUCUUGGAUCUCUGGACCCCUCUAAUGAUAUUAUGGAUUACUCUCCCCCCUUGCAUUUACACGGCUCCGCUGAAUCAGUCUCAAGUUGUGAUGAGUGGAUCCCGUUCGGAACUAAACAGGCUGAGCGAAGAACAGCGGAUUUUGAACCGCUCCAAAAGAGGCUGGGUUUGGAAUCAAAUGUUUGUCCUGGAAGAGUUUUCUGGACCUGAACCGAUUCUCGUCGGCCGGCUACACACAGAUCUGGAUCCUGGGAGCAAAAAAAUCAAGUAUAUCCUAUCUGGCGAUGGAGCCGGGACAAUCUUUCAGAUAAAUGAUAUAACAGGAGAUAUCCAUGCUAUCAAAAGACUUGAUCGAGAAGAAAAGGCCGAGUAUACCCUCACAGCUCAGGCAGUGGACUGGGAAACCAACAAGCCCCUUGAGCCUCCUUCUGAAUUUAUCAUUAAAGUUCAAGACAUCAAUGACAACGCACCAGAGUUUCUUAAUGGGCCCUAUCAUGCCACUGUGCCGGAGAUGUCCAUUUUGGGUACGUCUGUCACAAAUGUAACAGCCACUGAUGCUGAUGACCCAGUUUACGGCAACAGUGCCAAGUUGGUUUACAGUAUCUUGGAAGGGCAGCCUUAUUUUUCCAUUGAGCCCGAAACAGCAAUUAUAAAAACUGCCCUUCCCAACAUGGACAGAGAAGCCAAGGAGGAGUACGUGGUCGUUAUCCAAGCCAAAGAUAUGGGUGGACACUCCGGUGGUCUGUCAGGGACCACGACACUAACAGUGACCCUUACUGAUGUUAAUGACAACCCUCCAAAAUUUGCCCAGAGUCUGUAUCACUUCUCAGUACCUGAAGAUGUGCUUCUUGGCACUGCCAUCGGCAGGGUGAAGGCCAACGAUCAGGACAUCGGUGAAAAUGCACAGUCGUCUUAUGACAUCAUCGAUGGAGACGGCACGGCACUCUUCGAAAUCACCUCUGAUGCCCAGGCCCAGGACGGCAUUAUCAGACUGAGGAAGCCUCUGGACUUUGAGACCAAAAAAUCAUAUACACUGAAGGUGGAGGCAGCCAAUGUCCACAUUGACCCACGUUUCAGUAGCCGGGGGCCCUUUAAAGAUACGGCAACCGUCAAAAUUGUCGUCGAGGAUGCGGAUGAGCCUCCUGUCUUCUCUUCACCGACUUACCUCCUUGAAGUUCAUGAAAAUGCUGCUCUGAACUCCGUGAUUGGGCAAGUGACUGCUCGUGACCCCGAUAUCACUUCCAGUCCUAUAAGGUUUUCCAUCGACCGGCACACUGACCUGGAGAGACAAUUCAACAUUAAUGCAGACGAUGGGAAGAUAACGUUGGCAACACCACUGGACAGAGAGUUGAGUGUAUGGCACAACAUAACCAUCAUUGCUACUGAAAUUAGGAACCACAGUCAGAUAUCACGAGUGCCUGUUGCUAUUAAAGUGCUGGAUGUCAAUGACAACGCCCCUGAAUUCGCAUCCGAAUAUGAGGCAUUUUUAUGUGAAAAUGGAAAACCCGGCCAAGCAUUUUUCAGGACCUAUCUGCAUACACAAGAGGGAGACAGGAUUGGUUUUACAGCGGAUGAAAUUGAUGGCCUCCACAAAAUGCAUAAAGUCAUUCAAACAGUGAGCGCCAUGGACAAGGAUGAGCCCAAAAAUGGACAUUAUUUCCUAUACAGCCUUCUUCCAGAAAUGGCCAACAAUCCGAAUUUUACCAUCAAGAAAAAUGAAGACAAUUCCCUCAGCAUUAUGGCAAAGCAUAAUGGAUUCAACCGUCAGAAGCAAGAAGUCUAUCUUUUACCAAUCAUUAUCAGUGACAGCGGGAACCCACCUCUGAGCAGCACCAGUACCCUGACCAUCCGGGUCUGUGGCUGCAGCACGGACGGCGUCGUCCAGUCUUGUAAUGUCGAAGCUUAUGUCCUUCCGAUUGGACUCAGUAUGGGCGCCUUAAUUGCCAUAUUAGCAUGCAUCAUUUUGCUACUAGUCAUCGUGGUGCUGUUCGUAACUCUGCGGCGACAUAAAAACGAGCCAUUAAUUAUCAAAGACGAUGAAGACGUCCGAGAAAACAUCAUCCGCUAUGACGACGAAGGAGGAGGCGAGGAAGACACGGAGGCUUUCGAUAUCGCAACUUUACAGAACCCGGACGGAAUUAAUGGGUUCUUACCCCGUAAGGACAUUAAACCGGAUUUACAGUUCAUGCCAAGGCAAGGGCUUGCUCCAGUCCCGAAUGGUGUUGACGUGGAUGAAUUUAUAAACGUGCGGCUCCACGAAGCUGACAAUGACCCCACGGCCCCGCCCUAUGACUCCAUUCAGAUUUACGGCUACGAAGGCCGAGGGUCCGUGGCCGGCUCGCUGAGCUCCUUGGAGUCCACGACCUCGGACUCGGACCAGAAUUUUGACUACCUCAGUGACUGGGGUCCCCGCUUUAAGAGACUGGGUGAACUCUACUCUGUUGGUGAAAGUGACAAAGAAACUUGACAGUGGAUUCUAAAUAAAUCAGUGGAACUGAGCAUUCUGUAAUAUUCUAGGGUCACUCCCCUUAGAUACAACCAAUGUGGCUAUUUGUUUUAGAGGCAAGUUUAGCACCAACCAUCUAUAAAUGCAACUACAUUUUAAUGUUGAACCAAAAAAUCAAUAAUAAAAAGUCUACGUUAGGAGGUUAUAAACCUUGUGGAGUGUGAAUUACACUAUGUGGAGUGUCUAGAAGUCUUUGGAUAUUUGAUAUUUACUUGGCCACUGCAGACAAAGAUUGGGAUCCUAACUCAUGCUUAGGAAAAUAAAAUGGUUUAAAGAGAGGAAAAAAUAAUCAAAAUUAAAAGGUGCUUUCUUAGGAAAAAAAAAAACGGACUUGCGAGGAAUUUGCUGCUGAUACGUGUCUUCUGCAAGGAUUUUUAUAUAUGUGAAUGGUUUUUUUCCCCUUCACUAAUAAGGAUCCCGCCACACAUGAUAAAGCAAUACUUGGUCGGCUGUACAUUCUGACUUUUGGGAGUUUGGGAAGGCCUCCUAGAUUACACGGUACGGUGACCACACAUUGUACAUAAUUGUUGGCCCCACGUGUCAGAGACUGAAUAGCAUCUUUAAGCAUUGUGUCGAGCCUUAAAAUAUUCACAUGUUCGUAAUCCAUUCCACGGUGGGGACUGCCAACUCCGUGGUGGGAGGAGAGAUAUCCCAUUGAACAGGCUUGUUUUUUGGAAGCAGGAUUACUCACUCCUUCCCUCCACCUCACCUUCUUCCACCAGAACACAAAGAUAAACUGUGUCACGCAGUGGACGACAUCUGAGACAGAUGGUUUUAUUUGUUUAAUCCUCGAAAAUAAAUAUUUUAUUGAUGUCCAUUAAUGCUUUUAUUUAUUAAGGUCGGUAAUCUAUAGAGUAAGGGACUAUAUGGGAAAAAAAGCUAAGUUAUAUCCAUUAAUAAUCCUUUAGAUUGUUUUAUAUAAAUAUAAAUAUAUAUAUAUAUACACAAUGAAUGUUUAAUACAUGUACAUUUUGAUGAGAUGAGUAUGGCAGGCAAUAUUAUCAAAAGGGGAACGAAUAGUCUCUUUAGCGUAGAAAAGUGUCACAUGUGACUGGUGAUGGCAGGAACAGCAUUUUCCCAGAGAAACUUUUGGACUGUUUUCUAUUUUGUUCAUAAUCCUAGUAUUUGGUGUUUUUACUACAAGCACAAACAUCCGAAAGUAUAUGGAUUCCUGUGAAUAUUUAAACUCUAGACUUUUAGAUACCUACACGAUGCCCUGCCCAAUAAACACACUUCAAGUUGUCCCCCAACGUUUGAGAGCAGGAACUGAUUUGUACAUAAUUUUACCGCUUCGGUUUUUAGCAGUUCUCUCUCCCCGAUCUUCAUGGUGAUACACAGGACAUCUUAGCCUCCGAGAGAGGACAGCCCUAGAUGAUAUGAGCAUAUUCAGUUUGUAAUGCAAACCUUAGGAGUAGGAAAUGUAUGACGAAACUGAAGUACUACAUGCAGAUCAUUUUAAUUUUCUACUUUGCUUUAAUGCAAUAUUGUUUAU